CUCCGUCCUUUUCUGCAGACUGGCGGGCGGGUGUCUCUGAUCGAACUGAUAACCCAAUGUUCCUGCCUCGAUAAGAGUAAGAGGCACUUUAUAUACCGCAUUCACCCCUCACCCAAUUCGCCUUGGAAGAUUUUACUCACUUCUCGUCCUCUCUUACGUUCGAGCUCACAUAGCCUCGAUCUUGAGAACUCGCCCUCACUGGUCAUCCUCUCUAGUUCGGCACUCAAUUGGAGUUUCCCGACGUGCCCCGAUGAAGUUCUCACUGCUGCCAAAUCAAUGGGUUCUCGGCCUGGGAGCCAUAUGCCUGGUGUCAUCUCUGGCUGUUCUCGCCUUCAGCAAACAGUAUCGGGAUGCAGUCCUACACAAACUUCAUUUCCACAAGCACAGGCGCUUUUCAGGAGCCUCCACGCCGCCUCGCUCGCUCUCGAUCAGCAAAGAAUCGCCAGCCUCGUGCAAUCCGGACUUCGUCACGGCCUUCCCACCAUCUCGACGAUGUAUUCUUCCCGAGCUAGCUGACAAGGCUGUGGAUGCCAAUUCCAAGAUUUCCACUGCCGUUGAACCAUCCGUCGAAUUUCUGGUGAAGAACAUACUGCCAACUACUCGAUCAUACUGUCUCGACAACGAUGUUCCCAAAUACACUCCAACCGGCUUCUCGACAGCGGAGAUCAAGGCGAUGGGUGACUUUCCAGCAUACGAUGUUCUGAGCGGUGUCCCACUUCCUGAACCGUAUGAAAACUUUGAUUCUACAAAAGCCUUGCCACGACCCUAUCGGCCCUUCAGAUGGGCGUAUCACCAGACUAUGUCCUUGACCAAAAUGGAACCAAAUUGGUGGCUGGAGGUUGAGAACAACUACGUAGAACGAGUCAAGCAACGUCAAGAACUCUUUAGAGAACAUGGAGCCAAAGUCCUCGACUACUUACCCGGCUCCGAACUUGUCUGCAAAGAGCUCAUGGAAAUGUGUCUUCAAUUCUACUGCGCCAGAUACCCGACCUGCUUCUCGUUAUCACCAGACAAGAAGAUCUUCCAGAACAAACUUCUUGGGACGAAAACGGAGAUCAAGCGCUUCCACCCACUUCACAUCCUUCUUAACAAUGUCCCCGAAGACUUCGCGAUCGUCUUGCGCAACGAGGAGGAUGGCAUGUACUACUUCCGCGCCGGCGUCAUCUGCAGUUCGCUCGGCUGGAACGUGUCCACGAAGAUCGGGAUGCAGCUCAAAGAAAUCCACCAACCGAUCCCAGACUACAAGGAGAGGAUGUCCUUCAGCAUGGAUCGCUACUUCAGCAAGAUGCCCACCAACGCGCCCAUCCAGCGCGGAAGCUGGGGCUUGGAGGUCGAUACUCCCUUAUUUAUGCCACCUGGUCACCCCCACGAGAAGCUUCGAGAGAUCCAGAAGCAGGAUUUGACGAUCGACGAGUGCUAUUUGAGGGUUGACUGGCAAACGUUGCGGAGACUCCCGCUGAGUGGCGGUAUUGUCUUCAAUUUCAAGGCGUUGUUUACACCGGUCAAGGAGUUUCGCGAUGAGCCGUAUAUUCCUGCACUCCUUCUCAAGAUCUUGAAGGAGGGGAAGAAGAACCUGAUGGAGUAUAAGAACACGUGGCACGUGGAGCAUGUUUGUGUGCCUGAGCUAGAGGAGUACGCUAGAGAGCAAGUUGCAAACGGGGUGGUGAAGCCUGAGAAUAAAGAGGAAGAGGAGUGGCAGGUGACUACCUUGUGCGAAAGUCCGUAUUUCCCUGGAUGGGAGGAGAAGUGGCAUCGCCAGCAGGGCUUUUAGGCUUCUCGAUACGAAACCUCUACGCUUCCGGUGAUUUUCUGCACAUACAGAUAAAAUACCUCGAAGAGCUCCACCUUCACGAUAAUGAAAACAAUAAUGUUGCGUGCACUGAAUCUGCGUACCCUUUAGC